GUGUCAGUAUAGAGGACAAAGAAAUUUAAAAGGGGAGGCUCUAGUUUAUCUGCUUUCAUUGUAUUUAUAUAUAUCCCUUUUAUAUUUUCUUAAGAUAAAAAGAAGUCUUUAAGGAGAUAUGUAUAUCUAACAAUUAAGCACUAAAACUAGUGAACGGAAAAUACACCAAAAUAAACGUAGUAAUGUGGAUGAGAAAAAAAAUUUCCCUCCUUCCUCUCAGUCUCAUACAGUGUGCCGGGAGUACUACAGGACGGAGAGCUCUGGCUAUAGUCGUUGAAAUAGAGUAAAUAUUUGAUCCAAUCACGUCACUGCAUGGGUAUUACAAAGUAUGCAGUAUAGAGCUGAGGUUGAGAUUUCAUUAUGACAAAUUGCAUAAAAGAGAGAAAAAAGAAAGGAAGAGGAUGCUUUGUUUUGAAUGGAUUACUGAUCUGUUUGUUUUGUCUAUGUUAGGAAUCAUAUUUGGAAUAUGACACAUAAUAGUAAUCAAGCUUAUCUUGAUUCAGGAGAUAUGUUGAAUCUGUAUGGCAUACAAAAUAAAGAUGAGUUAAACAUGUAUCUUCAUUUGAUCAAGACUGCCUCUCCUUUUGAGUACAUGGAUUGCCUCCUCAAGACCAACGAACCAAAUAUAUUGAGCACACUUGGUGAAAGUGAAGUAGUGGCUACUGUAUUAAAAAAUGCUAUGGUUGAAGCUGGAAGAACAAAUGAUUCCGAGCAGAUUAGAAUUGCUAUAAAGGCACUAGACACUGUUCCUUUUUCUUCGGAGAUAUUAAAGAACUUUGGAUUAAAAACUACCUUUAGCAAUUUUAUUAAAGGAAUAAAGGGCGAUAAAGAAGCAUGGCAACAUGCACAGAAGCUCAAGUUUAAAUGGAUGGGAUAUGAUCAGCCAUCUAAAGGUACUACCUCAUAUGAUAGCAUGUAUGCUGCCACCUCUACUGGUUCAAUUAAUGCGUCGAACGAUGAUUAUGAUAAAAUGGGCUUAUCAACAAAUAAGCCAAAGCUAAGACUCGCCAUUGAUAAGGAUCCUCCAAGAAAUACGGUCACUAAACCAAAAGCGUUACAAGACACCAAUUUUUUUUCAGGGUUAUUAAACAAUAGCCAGCCAAAAGGUUAUAGGAUACGUCCUGCUGUACCAAAGCAACCACCUGCUUGGAGUGUUUCUUCACAAGCAUCAAGUGGAUCUACUGCCUCUCUAAUGAAUAUAAAUAAUAACAUUAAUGCUAAUAAUAAGUCUAAACCAGUCACUGAUUAUAAGCAAUUGUCUAAUGGUACACAAACAAUGCAGCCAACAAACAAUGAUCGUGUUUCACAAAAUGCCGCCAUUACGUCUACGAAGCCAGCUAUAACCAAAGCAAAAAAGAGAGUUCAGUUCUCAAGUGACUUAUGUCAAGUCAGAGUGUAUCAUCCUGAUCCAGAUGAAUGGAGCGCCUUUGUAAGUAAACAUAAAUAAUCCAAUUACCUGUUUAUACCAAUUGAUGCCAUGAUAUAGGAUGCUUCAAUUGAUGAUAUAUUCGAAACCUUUCCUUGGCAUAUGCCUCCAAAGUUAACUUUUGAGACAGUCCCUGAGCCAGUGACAACACGUCAACGCAUUGAAACAGACGAAGUUGUAUACCAUAAAAAUCGAGAACGUAGAGUAUUAGCUGCAGUGUAUAUUAUGGAAAGUUAUAUUCCUCCUUCCCCAGCUGAACCUGAUGAAGUGCCAAACCCAAAUGACAAUGUUCCAAUCAUCCCCACAGAUAUGGAGGAUAUUUGUGAAUCAUCCAGCAAUCAACUGCAUGUAGAAAAACCAAAUAAUAUACCCCAACAACAGCAACAACAACAAUCAGUCUACCAACCAGUCAUUCAUCAGCAGUACCACCAACAGCCUUCACAAAAUCAAGUUUCUCAGCAACCGUAUCAGCAGUCAUAUCAGCAACCGUAUCAACAACCGUAUCAA